AUGCAGGCUAACACACGUCCAGUGGCGAACUGUUCUUCUAAAGCUUGCUCAACUUUACUUAUCCGCUGUCUCGCCUUCACCGCGUUUGCGACCCAAAGGUACGAUGUAGUGGCUUUCGUACCACUGUCUGAAUGGAGUAGCAUCAAUGGUGACAAUAGCAUUUUUCACCAAUGUUUUGGUUCUAACAAGCUCGUUGUUAGAGGCAUUGUAGACUACAUCGAUGAUACGGGUUUUGCGAGUGCUACCCUCACUUGCCCAGGCGAAGUUACCGGUAUCAAGACGGAGCGCGCGGUAUUUUUUGUUACCUCCACGGUCACUGGUCACAACACUGCAUUUACAAAUCGGAAGCACACGCUUGAAAAAAUGAGUCCAUAA